CAUCAGUCUCUGCUCAGGGAGUACGAAGAACUCAACCCUUCAGGUGCAUCUGUCCAGCAACCAUGAAGUCUGUAGCUCUGAUCCUUGCCCUGGCCGUCAUCACUGGCUGCAAUGCCCGUGUUGUGCGCCAGGCUGAUGCCACCCCAAACGCAUGGGAGGACACUGUGGAGCGUUUCUGGACUGCCAUCUCUGAGCUGAACAACAACGCUGAUGGACUCGUGGACAACCUCAAGGCCUCUCAGCUCAGCAGGGAACUAGACACUCUGAUCACUGACACCAUGGCAGAGCUUUCAACCUACACAGACGAAAUCCACACCAAGCUGAGCCCCUAUACUGACAUGUCCACCGGUCAGCUGUCUCAGGACAUGCAGCUUCUGGCCACCAAACUGCAGAAGGACAUGCUUGACGCCAAGGACCGCAGCACAGACUAUCUGGGUGAGCUCAAGAGCAUGAUGGAGCAGAACUCCGACGAUGUUCGCAACCGUAUCGGCAUCUACUCCACCAAGCUGAAGAAGCGACUGAACAAGGACACCCAGGAGAUCCGCAACACCGCAGCCACCUACCUGGGCGAGCUCCAGUCCCGCGGCUCCCAGAGCCUCGACACCGUGAAGGAACACGUCCAGCCAUACAUGCAGCAGGCCGGCGACACCGCCAGCAAGAGGCUGACCGACAUGUCCACCUUGCUGCAGAGCCAGGGUGAAGUUCUGGGCGUUCAACUGCAGUCCCAGGCUGAGGAGCUCAAGACCCAGCUGGAGGCCACCGCUGAGCAGCUGCGCACCUCCCUGGAGGGCAAGAUCGAUGAGCUGUCCGAGCUGAUCGCCCCCUACGCCGCCAAGAUCCGCGAACACGUUGAUACCAUCAUGGAUAAGGUCAAGGAGACUACCUCUGCUUAAAGAAAGACUCUUUAGGGUUCUUUUUUUUAAGGGUUAUAGAUGGUUUAUGUUAGUAGAAGGAGAAAUGAGUAAAACACAGAUAGGGGUCAGUUGAAAGCGGUGAUAGUGUUGAUCUCUUCAUUUUGGGUCUGGUGUUCAGGAGUUAGGAGGUUGACGAGAGGAAGGAGGGAGGAUGAGGAUUUUCUUGCUCCUCACCCUAACUUCUCCUAUCAACCCCCUUUCUCCACGAACACAAGCACCACAGUAAAUAGCAGCCUGUCAUGCACAAACAGACGAAUAUUUGUAAUAUGCUUUGCUUUUUCUACUUUGAAUUAACUCCCCCCCCCUGAAAUUUUACAAUUUAUUUCGUUUGGUUGCAAAAAAAUAACUGCAGAGUUUGAGCCUCACGGGCAGGAAACUCAAACCAAAAUAAAUGCACUAAAAUGUCAUAGUGAAAGGAAUCUGGGAACAGGCAGUCAUGUGUAAUUAUUCUGGAGCUGAGACUGAACCACUAAAGUGCCCCUUUGUCCGGGCUGUUGUAUUGUUGUCGCUCACACUGAGUUUGAGUGUAAUGCUACCAGUCUGUUUCUUCAGUGUCCCCAAUGUUUCACAUGUCCUCAAAGCUGCUCACUAACUGCACACGUCCUGUGGCUGGACUGUGCUGAACAGUGCUGAGUGAAUAAAGAACCUGGAAAGCA